UGGUUAGCCAGCUAGCCUGUUUGUGCUCGCAGGAACUGUUAAUCGGUGAUGUCGAUGGGUGUGAUCCUGCUUUAGCUCUACGAUACCUUUGUAAUAUACCCGCCGGCAAAGGGGAGAAAUUCCAGGAGAAGGAAAUCUAGCUGACUCUCAGCCGGGGGAGGGUGACGCUAACUAGCUGCAUCCCUGGACAGCUCUUUUUGGGCGUUAAACAUUCUGUGGGGGGAACCGAGGAUACGUCGAAUAGUCGAAAACCCCAACCACCGCGAUGGCGAGAGACUACGAUUACCUCUUUAAGCUCCUCAUUAUCGGUGACAGCGGUGUGGGGAAAAGCAGUCUGCUGCUCAGGUUCGCCGACAACACAUUUUCAGGUAGCUACAUCACCACAAUUGGCGUGGAUUUUAAGAUCCGGACAGUGGAGAUCAACGGCGAGAAGGUGAAGCUGCAGAUCUGGGACACAGCUGGACAGGAGCGCUUCCGCACCAUCACCUCCACAUACUACAGAGGGACGCACGGGGUGAUCGUGGUCUAUGAUGUCACCAGCGCAGAGUCAUUCGUCAAUGUCAAGCGGUGGCUCCACGAAAUCAACCAGAACUGUGAUGAUGUCUGUCGAAUAUUAGUGGGCAACAAGAAUGACGACCCGAACUCCAAAGUAGUGGAGACGGCCGACGCGCAGAAGUUUGCUGAGCAGAUGGACAUCAGGCUGUUCGAGACCAGUGCCAAGGAGAACAUCAACGUAGAGGAUAUGUUUAACUGCAUCACAGAGCUAGUGUUGAAGGCCCGGAAAGAGUCGGUCGCCAAGCAACAGCAGCAGCAGCAGAGCGAAGUGGUGAAACUCAGCAAGAACAGCAAACGCAAGAAAAAGUGCUGCUGACAGACUGGACCCUUAUCACACUCGUAUCACCCAUGCACAUGUACAUACACACACACACACACACACAGACACAUGCUUACAUACACACAACAGACAAACACAGCCAUCAUUGAACUGACAGAGAGGGAGAGAAACUAGGAAAGAAUAAUCUGACGCCAACCCCCAGAGACGGACUCCACUCAGAAAAAAAGAGAAGAAAUAUAUCUAUUUAGAGAUUUAAUCAAAGAAAAGAAAGAAAAAAAAAAACAUGGACUUUUGGGAUCUUAAGGACAUGUGCAAACUCAAAUGUACAGUUUUUAAUCAGGACGGAAACAAACGGCGCAUCUCCCCGUCUCCAGGGGAACCAUCGCCGCGGCGACUGUCAGAUUUUUAUGGAGAUAAAAAAAUUAUAUAUAUUUUUUCUGUUCUUGCAUUCGCAUUCAAACUCCCCCACCCCAUCCCUUACAGCAUGCUUCCCUACCUUCUCUCUCCCUGUUAUAAGGAGAGUUGAAGACAUCUGGCCUAUUUUUUUUUGUUUUAUAAAUUCCCUCUGAAUGCAAAGUUCCAGCAGAGAGACGUCUGUGAUCCAAGUCAACUAUGUCAGAGUGGACUGUGCUGAAACAAACAAUUAUGAAGACGAUGGCAGCAGCCAGCUGAAAAGUGCUGGUGUCGGAAUUCAUAUCGGCAAAACGGAUCCAACAGACCAGCCAACAAGAAAUCUGCCAUUCUCCUACUUCUUAAUGUUUAUUAUUGGAGCCCCCAGUCCUGUCGCCAGUUUUGCUACCCCCCUUGUGUUUUGGUGAUUUUUACACUUUAAAUGAAGACAAACUAUCUGUGGCCACCAUGGACCAAUCUCACUCCACCCCUUUCCCCACUUUCCCUGCCAAUCUCUCAGAGAGAAAGUUAUGCCUUUUUUUUUUGUUCUAUCUUUUCUUUUUGUAAAUUUGUAUUUUUUUACUAACAAACUACACCACUGUAAAAAAAAAGCUAUCAAAAAAACAAAACAAAUGUGCUUAGAGAUGAAAAGGUGUUAAGGGUCUAAGCCUGUCUUGGACUACUGCCACAGAAUCAGACCUUGGAGCCAGUAGAGUCGCACCAGAACUUUACUGUCAAACCCAAGACAACUGGACAUGCAUUCUCGUAAGCUGUGCUAACUACAACACCGGACAUCUCUGUGUUCAAAUAGGCACGGGUUCUAACAGGAAGCAGGGCCGUGGUUCUCUGUGGUAAAUGCAUUAGCGGUGAUGAGUAAGUUGGGCUUGGGUUAGGGCUUCUGCUGAUGUGUGGCAGGCAAUGCCAUGGCACUGGUCAUGUCUGCAGGAGACUGAGAAGAAAUGUUGGACCUUUGCGGGCUGUCAGUACCACCUUGCAAGCCUCAUGCCAAAUUCACACACACCUCCGCAUCCAACAUCUCCAUCACUCAUACACACACACACACACACACACUCAUACACACGCUUGCGUACAGUCAUAUAUAUAUAGAUGUGAGUGCCAGUCAGACGUGGAUGCCAUAAUCUCUCUCUACAGGGGCUCCCAGGCCGUAGAAGCUGAGCCCCCAAACCACCAGCACUUAAUCUGGGAGAGAGAUCACUAUGACUGAGUCAGUACAUGGAGGGUGGUGGCUUUUGAGGUUGAUGGUUCAUUUCGCUGGUUACUUUGUGACUAUGUGACAAUAAAGGCCUACUACUACUACUACUUUUGCGUGUUUGGGACCAGGCCGAUGGUUUUCACAGGCACUGACCACACUGUGUAGUCUUAAACAGUUGCCAUGGGCACGGGCAAUAUUAUGGCCAUCUUGAGACUUGAGCAUCAGUAUGUUUAUUAUAGAGCCGGCCGCUGAUUGACAACCAGACUGGCCAGUGACGUGUGCCAAUUACUGGAGAAGCACAGGCGGAAAUCCCGCCCACCGCAGCAGCCAAAACGAGAAAAAAAGGAAAGCUCCUCCAUGCAGAACCGAUGGCUGAGGGGUUGACGUUAAAGAACAAAAUGAACAUAUCUGAACAAUGAAAAGUUUAAACCAGCAUGCUUGUAAAAAAAGAAAUGCUUUUAAAGGAAGUGUGUGAUUAGUUUGACAGCUCAAAUGUCAGCAUUUCAUAGAGCUGUAGAGUGACUGGACAAAGCUUAGCAGGUUGACUUAAUGAGUUCCCCGUCACUUCCCCCGAGCCUGGGGUGACGAUUACAGUUUUAAUCUUCACUGCUCAGACAGCCGCCUUUACAAACCCAGGAGAAAUGGGAGCCCCACAAAAAAGCUCAUUUACAAAAACAUAAAGUUUGAAAGAUCAUCAUCCUGUUUAUUUAUGUGUGGAUAUCAAUGUUACCACACACUGUGUGCACAUGCAUAUGCACAAACGACACAUAUACAAACACGCAUGUGUGUAUAUAGACACCGGUAUAUGCGUCUGUUUUGUGUGUUUCUAUAUGUGUUUAUGUACUGGUCUGGUGUACACUGGAAAGAUGAAAUGUUGCCACUGAAGUCAUUGUUUGCCCCAUCAUGAAUCUAACCAAUAAUAAACAUUUUAAGAGAAUGGA